CCUCCAUCUCUCACCUUUACCAUGAUUCGAGCUACGUUGAUUGCACGUCUAUCAUCCCACGUUCUCUGCAGUUCAUUGAGCGCACGCAGUUUUGUUAGCACGGCGGUUGCCCAGCUUGCAGAGCGAAAGCAUCCGCAAUCAUGGCCGGUAAGACACGCGGCAGGACGUCAACUCGGGCGGUGAACAGAGCACAAUCUUCGGCUGCUCACCCCCAGACCGCAGCAGAUCCAAAAGCCUCAACAUCGAUGGUGGGAAAAGAAGCAUCAGGAUCCAGACCUACAACAGACAUCAUUGCAGAUACCCGACGCGUCCUUGCCAGCAUCGACCCUUAUGCUUCUCCGUAUCACCCUCGACAUCGGCGGGAAGACCAUCAAGUGGUCGAUGGCGUCACCCAAGAGGGUAUCGACGAGAUCGUCCAGACCUCGUUGUCGCUGGCUGCAUUCAAGGCGGAGAUCCUCUCGCGAAGUGGAGAGAGCGCAAAUCGCGAAAGUCGGCGGAGAAGCAGCAGUGACAAUAGGCAGGGCACCACUGCUGUGCUAGAGAGGGGCAAUGGCGGCGAGCGGAAGGGCGAUUCGGCCGAGGUGGACUGGCAGAUGUACAGAGAUUGGCCAGAAGGGGUCAUGGUGGAAGAGGAGGCAAUGAAAACAUACUUUCAACGAUUAAAGUUCAUCUAUCUCGAGACCGCGACAAAGCUUACAUUUCUCAACGACUGUACACAAGAGAUGAUUCACGAUCACCAAUCAUUGGCAAAGUUAGAGCAAGACGCUGCGCGAGCAAAAGCAGACCUCAAGGCAGGCAAAGAUACGAUCCGCAAGCUUCGCACUGGCAUCGAUGAGGUUUCUGAUAGCAUGGUACAUCCGUAUGCCGAGCUGGAAGAGCAGAGUGAUGAAGCGAAAGCAUUGAUAUCCAACAUCAGAGACAUGGAGCUCGAGUUGGCCAAGAUUCGCGCUACGACAGGCAGCAGCAAGACGCGCUUUGAUAUCAACAGCAAUGUGGCGCCAAAAAUGGGUACCAUGACGCUCGAGGAAGCUGAAGCGUUCAACGAAGAGCAGCUUAUGCAAAUGCAAAUCCUGCAAGAGUCCACAACAACUGCACAGGCACUGACGAAAGAGAAACAGAAAGAGCUCGCGUCGACCAUGCGGGCAGUGGAGCGCCUGAACGUAGAACGAAAGCGCGAGGAAAAAUACGCAGAAGAAGUUAAGGAGAGCAAUCGGGAUCGAGAAGUGGAAGAGCUAUGCGAGAAUCGUGUCGCCACUUUAAAUCUCCUUAAAGGAACUCUAGGUAUAUCCACCAUUGAAGCGCAUUCGGAUACGGAGCUUCGCAUCACUUUUCUUCCGCAAGCAUCAGCGGCAGCAGAAACAGAGCCGAUCAAACUGGUGCUUCAAUACGAUGUUGCAGGCGGUAAGCUGCAAUCAUAUUGCGUUGUCAAGCUGGAUGACAGCGACGCAGACGUGCCAGAAGAGAACGUUCCGUUGCUCGAAGCAGCAUUCGCAGCCAAUGACGCCCCACAGCUGAUACAAGAGUUGUGGCGUGCGAUGGCUGCGCCCGCGGUUGAAUCCCGCUGAUGAGUUUGUGCUCUCACCAUUGCCCGGACCUCCUUUUGUCUUGGUCUUCACAUAUGUAUGCUACUCAUCUGGCGCGCGUCUGCCUUUUUCAUUGCGUUUUUCCAUCUGUAUUGCAUUGUGAGGUAUAAUGCUGGGACAGCGAAAAAAAAUGUGAUGUGGGAAAGAAAGUGGGCUUUAGGUGAUUAUAUUGACAUGGAUUCCGGCUUUACUUCUUUGGGAGCUUUGCACUGGAUAAGGGAAGCAGGAAAUAGCGAAUUGCGU